UCGAUCGGUCCGCGGCUGGUCGUCCAACAGUGCGAUGCACAGUGUCAUUAGUGUUCCAGUGGCAGCGGCCGGAGACGGAUAAUCACAGUUUAAUAAAAACAAACCCGAUAACAUAUAAUAAUAAUAUACAAUAUCAUAUUAUAUAAUUAUUGCCAUUUAUAUUAUAUUUAUGUACGCUCGCGAUCGUCCGGUACAACAAUAUCAUCAUCGUUAUUAUAAAAUUUACUUAAAAUCUCCAUUCCUCUCAACAACUGGCAGUUUUAUCACUUAUACUAUAGUGAUACCCAUAAUAUAAAAGUAAAUUAUAUUAUAUACAACGUGUACAGAUUUCCGUGUUGUAUAUAUCAUUGUACCUAUAUCGUCAUUAUAAACAGAGACGAUAACAUGAAAUCCGCCAAAGUCUUGGUCGCCCUAUUUCUAUACGGGUGUUUCAUGGUUCGAGAAUGCGCUCAACACGACAAUAAUGAACCCGUCAAAACGGCUCUGCUGCAAACGUGGGCUGAAAAAUUAUAUUUUGAAUUGUGGAACUGCGGGGAAUAUAUAACUAAUCGAAAAUCACUGCAAAGCAAAUAUAACAAAGAAUCAAAGUUAGAAGCAAGGAAUGGACAAAUUUUGGUAGCAAACAUUUCGAGUGUUAUUAAAUCAAUGAUGGAUAAAAAACAACAAUCCUUAAAAAGAAUUUUAGAAAGCGUUGAACAAGUUGCAGUUUCAGCACACGACGAUGAACCUCCUGGCAAUGAUUAUAAGAUUCGAAAUGCAAAACCACAAAAAGCUACACCAAAUACAAACAUAUUAUUGGAUGAUCUAAAGGAAAAUUCUCAUUUUUACCAUACACCUGUAAAUACUACAUAUAGUUCUGUACACAUACCAACUUAUGUUUAUGACCGGGCAACUGAUGUAAUUAAGGCUAUCAAAUGGUCAGAAAACCUGGAUGCGACAUUUAAAAAAAACUACGAAACUGAUCCGAGAUUAUCAUGGCAAUAUUUUGGUAGUACAACUGGUUUCAUGCGACAAUUUCCAGCAAUGGAAUGGCCAGAUAAACCAGAUAAACCAGAAGAUUUGUACGACUGUCGAAUGCGACCUUGGUACGUAGAAGCAGCAGCCAGUCCAAAAGAUAUUCUUAUAUUAGUCGAUAAUUCUGGAUCAAUGAUGGGACAAAGUAAAAUCAUUGCCAGGCAUGUGAUAAAUACAUUAUUGGAUACAUUAUCAGUGAACGACUUCGUCAAUGUUCUUGUAUUUAGUAAUGUAACGAAUGAAGUGGUACCGUGCUUUAAAGGCUUACUCGUACAAGCCACGCUUGCAAAUAUCAGAGAACUAAAAUUGGGCGUUGAAAAUAUUGCCGAUCCAAAUAAUAUUUCAGAUUUCAGCGAAGCAUUAACCAAGGCGUUUGACACACUUGAAACGUACCGCGAACGAAAUAUGGGUGCUAUGUGUAAUCAAGCAAUCAUGUUGGUCACUGAUGGUGUACCAGAAAACUUCUAUGAAUUAUUUAAAUCACAUAAUUGGAAGAAUGGUACUAUGGGUAUGCCAGUAAGAGUAUUUACAUAUCUAAUUAGUCGAGAACUGCCUGAAAUAAGAGAUAUGCAAUGGAUGGCUUGUGCAAAUCAUGGGUAUUUUGUUCAUUUAAGUACGGUAGAAGAAGUUCGAGAACAAGUUGUACAUUAUUUACCGGUAAUGGCUAGGCCCUUGGUGUUGCACCAAUCCCAUCAUCCGGUUAUUUGGACGCCGUUAUACGCUGAUGUUACUGAUCCAAAAAUGACUGAUUAUUUAUGGGAGCAAGAAGAAUGUCAACAACAGUAUGACGAUACGAUGAGUUAUAAAAAAACAAAAGACCAAUUUUUCUAUCCAAUAAAUAUAGCAAAACGAGAACAAGAUCGAAAAAGAAAAGAAUUAGAUCAAAAUGUAAACGUAAAUAGACAAAAAAAACACAACUUAAUAACGUCUCUUGCGAUGCCAGCAUUUGACAAAAAAACUGAAAUGAAUAUCACAAUAAGAAGGCUAAUAAAUGAUAACUACUGGGUUUGGGAAACAAAAGAGACAAAAGUGGCCCAUUUACUUGGUGUUGUUGGAACUGAUGUUCCCGAAGCUGAUUUACGAGAAGCAAUGUCACCUCACAUAUUGGGUGUCAAUAACUAUGCAUUUAUCGUUACUAACAACGGUUUUAUUGUUACACAUCCAGAUCUCAGACCAGUUUUUGGUGAUAUUUUGAAGCCAAAUUACAAUAGCAUCGAUGUAACUGAAGUGGAACUUGUUGAAUCUGACAAUAACGCAAGGGAAUUUGAUCAAAGUAUACUCACGCUUCGUGAUUAUAUUAUCAAUCAAACAACUGGCGAUCGAGAAAUUACUGUGAAAUAUCAUUACGACAAUAUAAGACGUGCAACAACAGCAGAGAGACAUUAUUAUUAUUCGAUUGUUGAAGGAACUCCGUUUACAGUUGUGGUUGCUUUACAAGAAAAGCACUUCGGAUACAGAGUAAAAAUACCAGAAAGAUUUCAAAAUCUUAAUACAACAAGAACAUCCCUCUUAGACUUUUUCAAAGAUGACGAGUGGAGAAUUCAUCCAGAUUGGCUUUAUUGUCGAUAUGCAUACGAUGAUGGUGACAAUACAUCAUUUAAAACCCCAGAAGACGAACUUAAGCAUUUUUUAAAGAGAAUCAGUAAAACUGAUAAUACUUGGAAUAAAUGGCCUCCUCCGAGAUUUUACAGUGAAUCAUACGAUUCAAACGGGUCAAUAUUGCCCGAAGAAAAAUUCGAUUGCAAAUGUUAUUGUGACAAAGAACUUAUGCUUAGUUUGAUAUACGACGCUAACAUGACUAAAGGUAUUUUUACAGAAGCUAAAAAUGACACUGAAAAGAAAAAAAAUCCAGCAGCGGUCUUGAUGAGUUUGUUACCGAGAACCGAAUUUGAAAAGAGAUUUGGAGUGACAUUGGCUUUUGUUGCUACCCAUAGUGGUCUCACCCGAUGGAUGGAUUAUGAAGAUAAACCCAAGACUCCAUACAAUCCAGAUAACCACGAAAACCAACAACCGCAUUUCAUUGAAGAAAACGUUUACUCUAUCGAAGAAGUUUGGUACAGAAGGGCGGUCGAGUAUAACAUGGUAAACGAUGAAAGCUAUGUGUAUUCUGUACCGUUUGAAAAUGAAAACAUUAAAUCAACAUUGGUAACAGCAAGUCAAGCUGUUUUCGUUACGAGUAAAGAAAAUAAAAAGAAAGGUGCUGCUGCAGUUGUCGGUUAUCAAUUCAGACACUCAGCUCUUCAAGAAUUGUUUUUAAACAUUACAAGACAGUGUUACUCAGAAACUGGUUGUACGUCAUCAAAGGAUACUUGUCAUUCCUUAGAACGAGAUUGUUACAUACUUGAUAACAAUGGUUAUAUUAUUGCAUCAGAAAAUGCAAUGGAUACUGGAAAAUUUUUCGGAAAAGUCAAAGGUCCAAUUAUGAAUAUGAUGGUAGAAGAAAAAAUUUACAAAAAAAUAACAAUUUUUGACUAUCAAGGAGUAUGUUUUAAGCGAGAAAAUGAAGAUGAUUCAAAUAGUUCGUCAUUCUUGUAUACUCCGAUACAUCAUUUAAAACAAUUAAUUGGAUGGCUAAUAGGGCGUGUAUUAUGGUUGGCUGCUCAUUCAAAUUUUCAAUGGAUGGUAUCUCAGGCUCAAGCGAUUUUCGAGGACAUACCAGAUUACCAAGAAGAUGAAGAAAGUAACUACAGUACAGAUACUUUCUCCAGUUUUAAGAUUGAAGGCGAAAAAGCAUUAAAAUACGUUAAAAUUAAUCGAACUCGGCCGAAAUCUUGCGAUCGUGUCGUCGAUUUAUUUACGCUAACUUCGAAAAUUCCAGAAAAGAUUGAACGUAAAUCUAUGUGUGCCAGGCCUUAUGAAUUGCGAAAAAUAAUAAACACCAACCUUAUCUUACUGGUCGUCAAUGGACGUUGUCCAGAAACAUCUAAAUCCGAAAAUUUUGAUACCUUGCCACAAGAAGUUAUGUAUGACGAGUUCAAUAAUUCGUUGGGCUGUCACAAAGCGUUUUAUAGUUUACCACGGCGUAGACCUAAAACAGCUUGCAUUAGGACACAUCCAGACGAGCAUGAAAUUUAUGACAAAAUGUGUGGCAGCAGUACAAUGAUUACAAUUACACCAACAACUUUGUCAAUAAUUUUUUUUUCUACGUUUAAUUUGAUAAGGUUUUUAUAAUUUUUUAAUUCUAAAUCAAAAAUUUAAAUUCUCUUACUUAUGUAUUUAUCAAAAAUAUUGUUC